AUGAAGACCUCUAUACUGCUCGGCCUGGCUGCCGGAGCCACGGCAUUCGUGAUUCCAGAUCAGGAGACCCUGAGUUCGCUCGCUAUCGAGCCACAACAGGAGGAAGCACAUCCAUUCUGGGAUAACGUGAAACAAGAUGCCUCCCGCAUCUGGGAAGAUCUCGAGAAGCAGUUCGACGAAGCCGCCGAGUCUGCAAAGCAGCUCUUCGACGACGCUGUCGACUUCACUUACGACACAACCGUCGAGUACGGGGAGAAGUUCGAGACCGCCUUUGCUGGUCAAUCGUGGCUCGACUCUGCUACCACGGAGGAGGACACAUCCGAGCGUCCACCUCACCAUGGCAAGCCUCCCCACCAUGGACCUCCUGGACACAAGCGUCCGCACCACCCUCCUCACCACGGCCCGCCCAACCAGACAGUGUACGAACUGAUCGCAAAGAGCAAGUACACCACUAAGCUCGCAAAAGCUAUCGACGAGUUCCCAGACCUGGUCAAGCUCCUCAACGGCACCUCAGCCAACUUCACGGUCUUCGCACCAACAGAUCGUGCAUUCGAGAAGAUCCCAAAGCACGCUCCUAAGCCGCCCAAGGAAUUCCUCAAGAAGCUCCUCACCUACCACGUCUCCCCAGAUUUCUACCCGGCCGGCCGCGUCCUCGUCACACGAACAAUCCCCACCGCUCUUGAGAACCCCAAGUUCGGCAAGAAGAAUCCUCAGCGCCUCGCCACUGAGAUCGGUCUCCGCGGCCUGACAGUAAACUUCUACAGCCGCAUCAUCGCGAUCAACAUCUUCGGCACCAACGGCGUCAUCCACGGACUCGACAGCAUCCUCUUGCCACCACCAAAGGUAGCCAGAAUCAUCGACGCGCUUCCCGGUGAAUUCUCCACCCUCGAGCUCGCCCUCGUCAAGACCGGCAUCUACGAGCGCUUCAACGACACCGAGAAGCACGGUGCCGGCACUCUCUUCGCCCCCAGCAACUUUGCCUUCCAGAAGCUUGGGCCUCGCAUCAACGCCUUCCUCUUCUCCAGCUACGGGCUCAAGUACCUCAAAGCCCUGAUCCUCUACCACAUCGUCCCGGACGUUGUCUUGUACUCCGACGCCAUCUACAAGGUCAGCAGCAGCGACAGCAGCCAUAUGGCUCUUGAUGCUCCCCACCACGGCCCACCCAAGGGCUUCUUCCAUGUUGACCUUCCCACGGCGCUCGACGACAAGUCGCUGUCGAUCGACAUCGCCCGCUACGGCCGGCUGAUCGAGAUCAAGAUCAACGGCUUCAACCGAGUUGCUGUCUCCGAUGGCGUCGCGUAUGAUGGCGUCAUUCACGUCGUGCCCAACGUGCUCAUCCCACCCAAGACACCCGGUGGCGAGGCCACUGUUGCGGAGGACAUGGAGCUCGAUGAGUUCUUGCAGCGUAUGGCUCCGCUUGUUGGUGAGGCUGAUGUUGAUGUCAAUGAUCUUGAGCUGUAA